UUUUGAAAGGAACAGUUGCAUGCUAAGCAGUUGAUGUGCGGAUUCUUCCAUCCAAAGGUAGAUUUUCUUGGCCAUAUUUUAUCUGCUUGUGGUGUUAGAACAGAUCAGAAAAAGAUCGCUUCAGUGCAGCAGUGGACAGCUCCUACCUCGGAUAAGGAACUGCAGAGCUUCCUUGGGUUCACAAACUACUACCACCAAUUCGUUCAGGGUUACGACCUACUUCAUAAGGGCACAUAAUUCUUUUGGGGUCCAGCACAGCAAAAGG